AUGCACAUGAUGGAAGACAAGUUCGAUGUGAAAACUCUUCGAGCAUGGGAAGAGGAAACGAAAUCUAGCGAAACAGUGACGUUAAACGACAUGCUGGAAUUUCUAAAAAAUAGAAGCCUCAUUUUAGAGCGUAUCGAGUCACGAUCAAAUGACAGGGCUCUCAAAGAAAAGGAGCUGCGCAGCAAGGGCUCUCAUGGGCAUUCUAAAUUGCAAGCUGGAAAGCUCAAAACAACUCUGUCGGUUGCCGAUCAAAUCAAGGAAGUCAAGCGUCGCAUAAAGCUAUGCAUAAAUUGCCUCAGAAACGACCAUUACGUAAAGGCAUGCAAAAGGAAUUCCUAUCGAGAAUGUAAUGGGAGGCACAAUACAUGUCAUCAACAGCAGGCUGACAAGGACUCUGCAAAAUCAGAGCCGCAGGACAACAAUCAUCAAUUAGUUGCUAAUGUAGCGGUUAAUCAUGCAUAUCAUAAGGUAAAAAGUGCCAGUGAGGCAAACUUUGUCACUCAAGCUGCGUACAACAAACUAGGGUUGAAGAAAAAUAGGGCCUUCGAAAUUGUGACCGGUCUAAACGAGAUUGAAAACAAGAUUCACAGUAUUUGCGAAGUUCAUGUAAAGUCGAGGUGUUCCAAUUUCCAGGCCAGUGUUCAAUGUCUGAUUGUAUCCAAAAUUACCAAGAAUUUGCCGUCCACGAAUAUAGAUCGUGACAAGCUACAGAUACCGAGUAAUCUUGUAUUAGCUGACUCAGAAUUCCACAAUAACGAUCCAAUAGACAUGUUACUAGGGGCGGAAUAUUUCUUUGACUUGUUAGAGGGAUUCGGCCAUCGACAGGGGAGCGACAAGCGCAUUAGUUUGUUCGGUGGAGCCUCGCGAUGGGUUAAAGGAAUGUCUGAAAAGAUUCUGGAAAAUUACGACAGCGACAAAACGAGAGCGUUAUCAAUAGACGAGAAAAGAUGCGAGCAGCAUUUCGAGCAAACUGUCACGCGAACAAGCAAUGGUAGAUUCAUAGUAAAAUUACCUUUCCGCGAUGCGAAUUUACCUAUUGGUGAUAACCGAGAAGUAACUUUGAAGCGUUUAAUGCGUUUGGAACGCACACUCAAGAACAAUGAAGUCAUGCGAGAUCGUUAUGUUAAGUUCAUGCGAGAAUAUAUCGAGUUAGAUCACAUGUCAGUCCUGAAAUCUCAGUCUGAUGAUUGCAAAGGCGCGGUCUAUUUGCCUCAUCAUGGGGUGUUAAAAGAAUCUAGUACUAGUACAAAAUUACGUGUUAAAGACGAUCGCGAUUUUCAACGAAUUUUAUGGAGAUUUUCGCCUGAGCAACUUGUACAAGAGUAUCGCUUAAAUACUGUUACGUAUGGCCAAACUUGUGCGUCUUACUUGGCAGUACGUUAUUUGAGACAACUAGGUGAGGAGGGUAAAGAGAGUUAUCCGCUUGCGUCUCAUAUUUUAUUGAAUGAUACUUAUGUCGACGAUAUAAUUUCGGGGACUAGCACGAUUGAAAAUGCUCGUUCUUUGCAAGAACAGUUAACUAUGUUAUUACGAGAAGAAGGAUUCGAAGCGCACAAAUGUUUCAAGAUUGAUGCGAAUGAUACUAUUCGGGCUUUGGAGCUCGAAUGGAAGCCAAAUUCGGACAGACUUCAGUUUACCACAAAUACAAUAGAUCAUGCGUCCACAAAGCGCGAGAUGCUGUCUGCAAUUGGUAAACUAUUCGAUCCUUUGGGAUUGAUAGGUCCCAUUUUAACGGUAGCUAAAAUCCUGAUGCAAAGUCUUUGGGAAAUCAAGACAGGCUGGGACGAUCCACUCCUAGAUUCGGUGCAAGACAAGUGGAAGGAAUUCCGAGAUUCCUUAAAUAAUACUCACGAGUUAUAUGUUCCUCGAUUAGUUUUGUCAUAUAUUCGUCCCAACACAAGCGAAGAAAGUUUCGAUUUGGAAUUCGCCGAGGAUGUACACAGAGCCGAGAUUGAAGCUAAGCAACUCACAGCAGUUUGCAAUCGUACCUCAAUUAUUGGUUUCCAACGAAACAAUCAACACACUCAUCACAAACUGUUCAACGUUCACAAGGAUUGA